GUACUCCUCUUGGGUCCUCAAGAUUUGACAUGAGCAUGUUUUUUUUUUUUUUUUUUUUGCGAGGAAGUGAAAAUUAUUGUAAAUAAAGCACCGAAACUGGGACUGAAAGCAUAUUUUCCCCUGUAGUUGCAAUGACUGUUGUCAUUGGUUUUGAGGGCAGUGCCAAUAAGAUUGGUAUUGGCAUUAUUAGAGAUGGUCAAGUCCUUUCUAACCCGAGACGGACCUACAUCACCCCUCCGGGUCAUGGUUUCCAACCAAGUGACACCGCCAGACAUCAUCGCUCGGUUAUACUGACUGUUUUAAAGGAAGCUUUGGAGCAAGCAGGAAUAAAGCCUUCAGAGAUCGACUGUGUGGCGUACACUAAAGGUCCUGGCAUGGGCGCCCCCUUGGUUGUGGUGGCUUUGGUCGCUCGGACAGUUGCCCAAUUGUGGGGCAAACCCCUCGUCGGGGUCAACCAUUGCAUCGGGCACAUCGAAAUGGGCCGACUCAUCACUAAAGCCGACAACCCAACCGUGCUUUACGUUAGUGGAGGGAACACGCAGGUCAUUGCGUACUCUGAGCGGCGGUACCGAAUAUUCGGGGAGACUAUCGACAUUGCAGUUGGGAACUGUUUGGAUAGAUUUGCCAGAGUUAUUAAGAUUUCAAACGAUCCCAGUCCGGGCUACAACAUGGAGCAAAUGGCAAAGAAAGGCAAUCAGUACGUGGAGCUGCCAUAUACAGUAAAAGGAAUGGAUGUGUCAUUUUCUGGAAUACUCUCCUACAUUGAGGAUGUUGCUCAUAAAAUGCUAGGAUCCGGUCAGUGUACAGCAGAGGACUUGUGCUUCUCUCUGCAGGAGACUGUCUUCUGUAUGCUCGUGGAAAUUACAGAGCGGGCCAUGGCACACUGCGGCUCCCAAGAGGUUCUCAUCGUCGGUGGCGUUGGAUGUAACCUGCGUCUACAGGAGAUGAUGGGAGUCAUGUGCAAGGAAAGAGGAGCCAAACUUUUUGCCACAGAUGAAAGAUUUUGCAUUGACAAUGGAGCCAUGAUCGCGCAAGCUGGCUGGGAAAUGUUUAGAUCGGGUCAAGUGACUGAGCUGGAAGAUUCGUGGAUCACACAGAGGUACAGAACAGAUGAAGUGGAGGUGACGUGGCGAGACUGAAGUUUGACUUUUAAGACUUCUCUCAGGUCGUUAGGCUAUAUUGUACAUCUUUUGUGGGGCAGUGUCGGGCUUUUCCUGAACAGCGCACACUUGAGACCCCCUGUCAAGAAAAUAUGUUUCAACCAUUAAGUGGGAGACAACCAAGCUUUGAAUAGUUUUGGAUAGAAAAACUAAAAUUCACUCAAAAUGACUUGGGCAUAUAUCGUCGUCAAUAGCCUAAAAAAAAAAAAAAAAAAAUUCAAGUCAAGUUUAUUCACUUUUAUUAAGCAAUACUGUUUACGUACAUUCCUCCUCCAGUGUAAUUUUUCCAAAUUCAAAAAUCAACAUAUUGAACACUGAGCUCCCUUAUGAAGUCAUGAGCAACAUUCAUCUGAUUAGAACGCAAACAUUUCAACAAACAGCAUUAAGAUCUGACAGGGCGACAAGGGGAAAUUCCACUGUGCCUUUGAAUCCACCCCUUUUGUAAACCGAAGAGACAUUUAACAGUAAAACUUUAGCAGGUAUAAGACGUCUCAAAAAAAUGGAGUCGGGCGAAAAAACAUCACCGUGUAGUUUUGAACAGAUUUAUCUUUUUAACAAAGUGCUUGAUUGACCACUCGCUUUACACGGGACAGUUAAAAAAAAAAAAAAAAGGGACAACAAAUUCAAUUACAGCUCUUUAAAGGAGAAAGGGGGGACACCCGCUCUCACACAUACAAGCUAAAACUCAUAAGGGGGCAAUGGAAAAACGGUCUGAUUACUUAAGGCAGACUUUUUAAUAAGGCGAUUAAAAAAAAAAAAAAAGUCAUUGCUGUAAGAUCUCAAAAAGGAGUUAGUCCAAAGUGUCUCAGUGUGGCUUUGCAUGAAGACAUCAUCCUGAGUGCAGUGUGUGAGAGGGGACUCCAACAAUUGUCUGUGUGUUUUUAAUGUGCAUGAAGGCGCAUGUUGAUUUUACGUGUGUGUGUGCAGUCGCGUGUAUGUGUUGUAGAUGCUUUCGGGGGGCCGUGCGCUGCUAGGCCGGGUGCUCCUGGAAGUCCUUGUACCACAUAACUCUUUUUGGAUCUGAAAGAACAUAAAAAAAUCAGGAAUAAAAAUAAUUUUCUUUACGUUGGGAUGAAUUUAACGCUGAAGUCUGGUUUACCUUUCUUCUGUUUGUUGCAAAUUGCAUUCCAUUCUACAAAAUAAAAAGUGAUAAGUUGUAGGUCAGUAUUAAGUCAUUCGCUGCCAUUGACGGCAAUCUACCGUCAGUGCGGAUGCGUUACCUCUAUUGUGGAAGUUGAGCGCCUCCACUAGGUGACGACAACUGAGUAGCAGCUCCCCGUUGCGCGCGUCCAUCUGGAGGUGGCGCGGGGCCGGGGCGGAGGUAGCGAAGGGCCGGACGGCGAGGGGCGUGUCGACCGGCGCGAGGGAGUCGUCGUCGGGGCGAGGGUCCGCGCCCUCCUGGACGGGCCGGGCUUCGCUGAUGAAACUCAGCCCCCAUUGGUUCUGGAGCAAAACACCGAUGGCGGGGCGUUCGUCUUCCAGCACGCCGCUCGAAGUUUUGGCCUUGACCUUGGAGGCGUAGCUGACGGCUGGCUGCAGCUUGGCGGGACUGUCCUGCACCGGGAAGGCGGGCGGGGGCUUGAGCAGCGACAGACUGUCCUCCACCCACCUCUCCUUCUGGGCCCGGUUCAGCCCCUUCUGGCUACCCUCUCGCCGAAUUCCGCGUCCUUUGUACUGUGGGCCCUUGCGCUCCUUCUCUCGACGGAAACCCGGUCCGAUCAGGUCGGGCGAAACGCGGCCUCCUCCGCCCCCGCCGCAAUUGCCGGGCGACAGGCGACGGUUUCGGAUGUGGGGCUCGGGGUUGGCGCUCGCUACCAGGACCGCCGGGUCGCACAGGGUAUCGGACUCGCACACAGUGUUACUGGCCUCCCAUGUACCUGCGAGAACAAGAGAGUCAUUUCAAAGGCAAUGAGGUUGACCAUGAUAAAUGUUCGAUCAUGUGGCUCAUUUAAAUGAGUUUAUCACUGGUGGACGUCCAAUCCAUCCGUUUAUGACCUGCUAGCCCUCCCGGUUUAAAUGGAUUGGACGUCUAGCGCCCUGAAUGGCAGCCAUUGAGUUAAAACAAGUGAUUUCACCCCAUUAGUACUUGAUUAGGGGAAAAUAGCAAAGUCAUAAGGGAUUUGAAAGAAAAUCACUGGUUCCGUUAGCCCUCAUCGACAUCUGAUUGACGUUCAAGCCAAGAGAACGUUCGAGAACUCAACGAUCAAAAGUAACCGCUUAAGACGUCGAAGGGGCUGCCCGUGUUAGCCCACCUUUAUUAGCAGCGUCACGAUACAAAGUCACGCAUUCGACGUUGGAAAUCCCAAAUUGUGGAUAAACUAAAAGUUUCGACCGUCUUCCGCCGGAUCGUUGAAGAUUUCUUUUUUUGAGAAACGAAGGCGCGAGCUAAGCUAGCCGCGUUGAUCAAAGUUUCGUAACAGCCCCAUUCAAUGCAAAGCGGGGAGCAGCCACUCAGGCUCCUUGAGUUAGCGGCGCUAGCGAUAUCGGCGAGCGCCCAAAUAACGCGCCCGACAACUCCGACCCGAGCAAAAUACUGGCGAGUGGAAGCACCAAACCUGUCUUGAUAUGCAUGUCUUUCCGCCGAAAGUGUCGUUGAACGCUGACCGCCGAGUUGACUUUUGUUUACAGCGUCGGGAGAACGUCGGCUCGCCUGGAUGAGUCUCGCUCGCUCGCUCGCUACUGCCUUGCUUCGGCUUCUCCACCACCAGGAAACGACACGACGGUGUGGGUGGGACAGGAAGUAGGCCUGUAAAUAAAAUGUUCCGGCGGGAAACUCGAGUCGUGCGUUGAACAAAGAGACCCAUAAAUAUUACGGAUACAAGGCUAGAUGUUUGAGGGCUCUGCGAGCCAACGGGGAUAGUUGUCGUCGCUUGUCGGCCAUUUUGCGCCAGAGCCAAUUGAUGCAAAAGUCACCUACUUUGAAAUAGCAAUAGCUUGCUCAGCUGUUAAUUCUUAUAUAUCGACGUGUAAGUUCCAAGAUUCAACUGACAAAACUGGUAAAUCAGCUAUUUCCAAGAAGAAUCAACAAAGUAGUAUCUUCUUCUGUAAUUUAUUGGUGUAGUUUUAAUCGCGACUUUCUUCUUACAGUCUCAUACUAACACACUGUCAGGCAUGUGUCCGCACACCCCUAUAAAUUUGUUGGCCACCCCACUGACCACCCCGCUUGCCAGUAUAUCGUUAGAUUGUUGUAGCAUCAGUUAUGCAUUUCAUCCCACAUGCAAAUCUGCCAGCACCUGCUUUCCCCCAGUAAUUAUUUUGUUUUGUUAAAUGUACACCUUAUGCCUAAUAUAUACAUAACACAAUAAAACAGAAUUGUUGUGGAACUCAAAAUGAUGACUGGACACUAUGCACAUUAAAUCAUUAGUGACAUCAAAUAUUACACAAUACACCAAAGUAUAUCAGUAGCCGUGUCCUUAAGUCUUUCUGAUAGUUUUCCCCUGACCUUUUUACUGCAAUAAUAUAAUGAAAACCUGAAAUUAUGGCUUUUAGUUUUUUUGGCCAGCCCAAGAUUUUAAGUGGCCCCAUCUGGCCACCCCUAUGAAAAAUUUCUGGAUGCGCCACUGUCGCAGGCUACUGACUAUGGCUGAAUAAAUCACAACUAAAACCUCCAAACCACCCCUCAACGAGCACGUAACGUAGCCGGAUGGUUUUAAAAGACUUAAAAAGACACUGCUUGCGGUUACUAUUGGUCCGGGUUCAGAUCUCCAGCACGCUUGAAAGCAAAUUAUGAACAUUUUGCCAUCUUGGUAUUUAUUUGAGUAAAUGAAGCCUUCAGUAAAGCUCGAAUCCAGGUGAGUCACAGCCAGUGGUGUUACCAGGAUGCCAGGUGUGGGUGGGCAUUAGUCUUACCUGGGGGUAAAAAAAAGCUUCAGUGCUCAAGUAGGUCGAAAUCCAGCGUAGGGCUACUGCACCUUAAAACAUGCUUUGUUUUCUCCUUGAGAUAACUGUUAUUGUGAUUUGGUCUAAACAAAUAAAAGUUGAUUUGAUUUUAUUUGACUUAGAACACAUCCAUAACUGUACAGUAUGGACAUGCAGGUUUUAUUAUUAUGAUUGUUGUUAUUCUUUGUUCCGCAGCCCUUAGAAUGCUUUAAAAUGCACCAAAAUCGUCAGGCAGGCCAAGACAGGUGCAAUCUUUGAUACCGUGUAAAGACAAAUUCCAAAUACAGUAUGUAGCGCUCCCUCGCAGUAAUUCUUUGUCCUGCCGACGCUUUGAGCCCUACUUUGACCCCCUCAGAAUGCUUCAAAACUCAACACCAGGUGACUGGUGAAAACUUUGAUAAAAUGUAGAAAAAUAAAAAAUCUAAAUAUACGUAAAUGUGUGUAGCGCCCCUAGGAACAAAACCAAAAUUUCAUUUUUUUUUUAAAAGGUGAAAGAGAAGGUGACUACGCAAAGGUUGAAACUUAGGACACAUCAGUACUAUAUGAAUGGGAUACCAUACGCGGUGCCCAGACUGCCGUUAGUACUACAUCCAGUUUUCUUUGAGUAGGCAGAGCGUGUCCGUGGGUGGGCACUGCCCACCCCUGCCCCCCCUGGUAACACCCCUGGUCACAGCUCAACAACAAGGAAAACAAAGACGCAGAGUAGUUUCUUACUUUUAUUUAUUUUUUUCUGAAUACACAAGAUGAAUAAAGCAAGUUUAACCAUAUAAAUAACAAGUGUCUUGUCUGCUUUCUUCAUUACAUAAACAAAAUCACAAAAUAUACAUCAUAA